GCUCCGUGUGCGCCAGGCACGGAACAGCACCAGCGUCCGCUCCUCUCCAGUGACUCCGCGGAUACAAAGGAAAGCAGCGGUCCCGGGCCUCCUCGUGUCCGAAGCAGGAUUGCGACGGACGGUUAAACGAUGACAUACUGCGUCGCCAGUGCAGCAUUAGUGUGAGAGAAACGGAAUAUUCAUUGCAACUCAGAUAAAAUACGGAUAAGAUGGCGAACGAUUCCCCAGCUAAAAGUCUGGUUGAUAUAGACCUCGCCUCUCUGCGGGACCCUGCUGGGAUUUUUGAACUGGUGGAAGUUGUCGGCAAUGGCACGUAUGGACAAGUAUACAAGGGUCGGCAUGUCAAAACGGGACAACUGGCGGCCAUCAAGGUCAUGGAUGUCACUGAGGAUGAAGAGGAGGAGAUUAAGUUGGAGAUAAAUAUGCUGAAGAAGUAUUCGCACCAUCGAAACAUCGCCACCUACUAUGGUGCCUUCAUCAAAAAGAGCCCUCCAGGCCAUGAUGACCAGCUCUGGCUGGUGAUGGAGUUCUGUGGUGCUGGCUCGAUCACAGAUCUAGUGAAGAACACGAAAGGAAACACACUGAAGGAAGACUGGAUUGCAUACAUCUCUAGAGAGAUCCUCAGGGGAUUGGCUCAUCUACAUGCCCAUCAUGUCAUCCAUAGAGAUAUUAAAGGCCAGAAUGUUCUACUAACUGAAAAUGCAGAGGUCAAAUUAGUGGACUUUGGUGUGAGUGCUCAGCUGGACCGGACUGUAGGACGGAGAAACACCUUCAUCGGCACCCCCUACUGGAUGGCACCUGAAGUCAUCGCCUGUGACGAAAACCCUGAUGCUACCUAUGAUUACAGGAGUGAUUUGUGGUCAUGUGGAAUCACGGCUAUAGAGAUGGCAGAGGGAGCGCCACCGCUGUGUGACAUGCACCCAAUGCGAGCUCUCUUCCUCAUUCCUAGAAACCCUCCACCCAGACUCAAAUCCAAAAAAUGGUCCAAGAAGUUUUUUAGCUUUAUUGAAAGCUGCCUGGUGAAGAAUUACACUCAGAGGCCUGCGACAGAGCAGCUGCUAAAGCAUCCGUUCAUCAGGGACCAGCCCAACGAGAGACAAGUCCGCAUUCAGCUCAAAGACCACAUCGACCGCACACGCAAGAAGAGAGGCGAGAAAGAUGAGACUGAAUAUGAAUACAGUGGCAGUGAGGAAGAGGAGGAGGAAGCCCCAGAGCAGGAAGGAGAACCAAGCUCCAUCGUUAACGUACCGGGCGAGUCCACCCUGCGGCGGGACUUCAUCCGCCUGCAGCAGGAGAACAAGGAGCGCUCGGAGGCGCUGAGGAGGCAGCAGCUCCUACAGGAGCAGCAGCUCCGCGAGCAGGAGGAGUACAAGCGCCAGCUACUGGCCGAGCGGCAGAAACGCAUCGAGCAGCAGAAGGAGCAGAGGAGGAGGUUGGAAGAGCAACAGCGACGUGAGCGUGAGCUGCGGAGACAGCAGGAGCGAGAGCAGAGGAGGCGUGAGCAGGAGGAGAGGAGGCGCCUGGAGGAGAUGGAGCGGCGGCGCAAAGAAGAGGAGGAGCGGCGGAGGGCGGAGGAGGAGAAGAGGAGAGCAGACCGGGAACAGGAGUACAUCCGGCGGCAGCUGGAGGAAGAACAAAGACACCUGGAGAUACUACAGCAGCAGCUUCGUCAUGAGCAGGCCAUGCUGCUGGAGUUUAAGUGGAGGGAAUUGGAGGAGCAGAGGCAGUUACAGGAGGAGCAGGCCUACGUAGUCUCCCUGCAGCCGCCCCUGGAGCAGAGCAGAAAGGCCACGCAGACUGCACCCUCGGCUCAGAGGAGCAACAAGCCCCAGCAGCGGGGCUUGGCUGAAAAAAAAGUGCCGCUAGAGCAGCACCAGGACAAGAGCAAGACACAGCGAUCCCAGCAACACGCCGCCCCAGAAAGGUCUCGAAUCCCUCAGCUGCAGCAUCCCACGGCAGACAGGACCAGAUCCCCCCCGUUGCCGCAGCAGUCUGCACAGGACAAGGGCAGAGAUCCACAGCUGCAGCAGGACUCUCAAGACAAAAGCAGGAUCCCGCAACCUCAGCAAGUCCCGCAGCCUCAGCAAGGCCUUUCUUCGGCGGCUAGCUGUGUAGAAGUCCCGCAGCAAGACCAAACGCAAUGCAGCUCAGUCUCCCGUCCCCCACCCCACACCCACGACGAGGGGCAAACCAGUCUGAUGCUCCAGUCAGAAUGUUCUGCCCCUGACUCUGAGCCAAUCAGAGAGGCUGAUGAGCGCCAUCGCAGGAGUGCGCAGGGAUCUCCGCAGCCUGCAGGGGCUCAGAAGCAGCCUCCUGCCGUCCCACCGCGUGCUGAACCGUUUCCCAAUGGCAACACCUCAGAGCAGGCCCAGCCUCCUGCACAUCGGCCUAUGGAACCACAGGAGAGGCGGUUGCAGGAGGCCGUGCUAAAGAGCAGCUCAGCUGCACUUCACUCCAUCCCUCGCUCCCACUCGUUCAGCGACCCAGCUCCCCCACUUGCUCAGCCCCGCCUCCAGCCUCCGCUCCCCCACCACAACCCGCCUCCCCACUCAAACCCCCCCGCGGCGGCCACCGGCACUGAGGAGCCGCCCCGGGUUCCACUAAGAACAACCUCUAGGUCCCCUGUACACUCUCUCAGAGACGCAUCUCUUCAGGCCACUGUGCUGGCUAGCAACCUUCUGGCUCAGAAGAAUGUUGGAAGUAAUGCUGAGCCACGGUUGCUAUGGGAACGCAUAGAGAGAAUGGGCCCCAGGCCCAGCAGUAGCAGCAGCUCAUCAGGGUCUAGCUCCACCUCAAGCACCUCCCACACAGGAUCAGGAGAGAGACACAGACCACGCACCUCUUCUAAGUCUGAAGGUUCCCAGCAGUGGGUGGAGCAUGCGUCGAAAAAACCAGAGGAGAAGAAGGAUUUAGUUCGGCCAGGGCGUCUGGUGGCUGAUGUGGAUUUGACCGCGCUGGCUAAAGAGCUUCGAGCUGUGGAGGACGUUCGGCCGCCUCACAAGGCAACCGACUAUUCCUCCUCCAGCGAGGACUCUGGAACCACUGAUGAUGAGGAUGACGAAGAGGUGGACCAGGAGGGCGGAGAGGAGUCCACCUCUGGCCCAGAGGACUCCCGGGGAGGCUCAUCCAGAUUGAGCAAUGGUGAGACAGAGUCAGUGAAGACAAUGGUUGUCCAUGACGAUGGUGACGAGGCUGCCUCUGUUCCAUGCAAGGACAGCACACUGGUUGUGCGACAGAGCUCAGGGGAUAUAAAAAAGCGGCCUGUGCCGAUGCCAGGGGCGGGCUUUAGCCCUGCCGCUGGGGUGGAUCUGCAGGGGAUCCAGGACCGGAAUGGUUUUUCAGGCCGAGUUCACCUCCUGCCUGACCUGCUCCAGCAGAGUCGGCCUUCACCCCCUUCCUCUUGCCCCUCCACCCCCUCCUCAUCCUCAUGCCACAGCAGUCCCGCCCUGUCCCCACUCACGCCCCCGGACAGACUGCUCAGCCUCCUGGAGUCCCAGUCCAGCACUGCACAGAAGCACAAGUCCUCCUCUUCCUUCACUCCGUUCAUUGACCCACGGCUCCUCCAGAUCUCUCCAUCCACUGGUAGUGCCCUCAACAACGCGGGUUACAGUAAUGAUGCAAGACUGCAGGAGGCCCUAAGGCAGGAUGCGUCCCGCAAGGGCUCAGUGGUCAAUGUCAACCCCGUUAACACCAGGCCUCAGAGUGACACUCCGGAGAUCCGAAAGUACAAGAAGAGGUUUAAUUCUGAGAUCCUCUGUGCUGCUCUCUGGGGUGUGAAUCUUUUAGUUGGGACGGAGAGUGGCCUGAUGUUGCUUGACCGUAGUGGUCAAGGAAAGGUCUACCCCCUCAUCAACCGCAGACGCUUUCAGCAAAUGGAUGUCCUGGAAGGUUUAAAUGUGCUGGUAACUAUAUCAGGGAAAAAGAAUAAGUUGCGUGUGUACUAUCUUUCCUGGCUGAGAAACAAGAUUCUUCACAAUGACCCAGAGGUAGAGAAAAAACAGGGUUGGACCACUGUAGGGGACCUGGAGGGGUGCGUCCACUACAAAGUUGUGAAGUAUGAGAGAAUCAAAUUCUUGGUCCUUGCACUGAAGAACUCCGUGGAGGUGUAUGCAUGGGCACCAAAACCCUACCAUAAGUUCAUGGCUUUCAAGUCUUUUGGUGACCUAGUACACAAGCCACUCUUAGUUGAUUUGACGGUGGAGGAAGGUCAGAGGUUAAAAGUCAUCUAUGGCUCCUGCUCAGGAUUUCAUGCAGUGGAUGUAGAUUCAGGAGCGGUGUAUGACAUCUAUCUGCCCACUCACAUCCAGACCAGUAUUCAGUCCCAUGCCAUCAUCAUCCUGCCCAACACAGAUGGGAUUGAACUUCUAGUGUGUUAUGAGGAUGAGGGAGUGUAUGUCAAUACCUAUGGCCGCAUCACUAAAGAUGUGGUGCUACAGUGGGGAGAGAUGCCCACUUCUGUGGCAUACAUUCGGUCCAACCAGAUUAUGGGCUGGGGAGAGAAGGCCAUUGAAAUCCGCUCCGUAGAGACUGGUCACCUGGACGGAGUCUUCAUGCACAAGAGAGCUCAGAGACUUAAAUUCCUGUGUGAGCGAAAUGACAAGGUUUUUUUUGCAUCGGUGCGUUCUGGUGGUUCUAGCCAGGUCUACUUCAUGACUCUGGGCCGGACCUCGUUACUCAGCUGGUAAACCUCGGUCAACGGGUAUGGUGAGCCCUUUCUACCUUGCUAUGACGACGGCAAAAACUACAACAACCAUGAAUCUGAACUACCACCGAAUUUCCUCUAUGUGACUAGCAGAAGUCAUGCUACAUAAAUGGCUCGUGACAGACUGAGAAGCUGUCCAGAAAAUUCAAUUUACAUGACAAAAGAAUUGAGUGUGUGUGAUGAGACGGAAGCCCAGGCUCUUUGUGGAAAUGUGUGAGCAGGAAGUGUUAUUGUUGAGACUGGGGAGAGAUGUGAACUUGUGCAGUGUUAUUGCUGAGCUGGGGGAAAGGUGUAAGCAGGAACAGUAUUAUUCAUGUGUAAAUGGUGUUUUUUUUUCCCCCCACAGUAUCCCUACUUGAUCAUCUGGUAGAGUGACUAGCUGGCUAGUGGCCAUAACUAAAUGAGUGAGUUUCAUAAUGUAAGGUAAAGAUAGGCUUCAGGUUUUUGUUGCUGGUUUGUUUUAUUUUCCCUGGGAAAGUGAAAUGUGUUCACAUUGUGAAAAGUUGGCGAAUGGAGGGUCUUGGACAUAGGUGGACCAUGAAUAAUAUUUUGAAGUUGUUAUUAUUAUUAUUAUUAUUCACUAAAUGGAUUAGCAUAUUCCUGUACCUGUUGUUAUCCAUGCUUGCACAGCUUGUGUCCUCAGUCAUUUUUUAUUUUAUUUUACUUAUUUAAUGUUGUUGAAGUCCAUGGUGCUGACCCUUAUUGUUUUCAAAGGCAGAGAGGAACCACCAUUGUCAUUUCUUUGUUAGUGUCGCUCUGACCACUUCCCUGACAGGGAAACGUAGGGAGCAGGUGUACACGCCUGACUCUAGUCUCUUGUCUAGUUAGAAUUUCAUAGGCUGAAAUAGGCUUUGGUUGAAGUUAUGUACCUGCUGUGAAUAUAUGAUAAGAAAUCGAAAGUGAGUGGAAACAUGUGUCACCUCAGCGUGCGCAUGCAUGGUGAUGGAGGAGGGUGUGUUUGUAUGGAUGGGUCGAGUGGUUCUGUGUAUGGAUGUAAAUGUAUGGUUGAGUUGUGUGUGUGUGGGGGGGGGGGGGGGGGGGUUGUGUGGUUGCAUUUGUGGAUUUGAGAGAAAUUAUGUUUAAUCUUAAAUCAUGUAUUUUGACAGGUCAUGUGUAAUAUACACAAACACAAUACGUUCUGCUGGUGAAUUUAUUGGAACUCUUUUUUUUGUUUUCCUCCACCAUUUCUGUAAGAUGUUCCUUCCCUCUAUAUGCGAUGCACUAAGUUGGAGUGCAGUGUGAAAAUAUUGUCAUGUGGCUGAAACUGAAGGGCAUGAACCCAUUUUUUUAUUUUCAACAAUACUUCAGUAACUGAGCCUGACUGUUUCUGUUGUACAUAACACUGGGAUUAUUUGCUGUCGGUUGUUAUGUCAAAUUAUGUUUAAUUAUGUCAGUCAUCUCUUUUUGCUGAAGCCUAUGAAACUUAUUGCAUUUAAAAAGAAAAUGGACCAGAAGGGUUAUAUUUCACACUAACCUGUUACUUUUCUGACUGUAAAAUAUAGGAUUCUUUCAGCAUCAGUGUAAUGUUCUCUGCCUGCCACUUGGAGUUCUGUUAGGUGAUUUAACAGUUAUUGAAAUUGAUAUUGAAAUUAACAGAUAGUAAAUCUCUAGUGUCUGACACCUACAGACAGCACUGAGACAGUGGUAUAUGUCUUUACCAUCCUGCUUUUGAAGACCUGCAAACAACCCAGUUCUGCUGUUCUGGAGUCUGGAUUUAUUGCAGAUGUUCUGUUUUGUUUUUUUUGCUAGUGAGAGAGAAUGAGAUAAAUGGUUUAUUGCAAUACCAAUUUCCAUAGUACCAUACACAGACAUUUUAUUUUUCUUGUGUUUUUCUAUUUGUCUCUCCUUAUCACCCUUAUUUUUGGCAUUGAAAGUUUGAGCAUAAUCAGGACUAGCAUAGUUACUCUGGGGGAGAAAGAAAUUCUCCUUGCAAACACCCUGCUGUUUCCUCUUUGUUGUAAAGGAUUAUAAAGUGUUAGUUAUAUGUUUAAUGUUCAUAUGUUUAAAAGUACUUUUUUUGGACUCAAGUCAGACCAUCUAAUAGACUAAACAAAUCUUUCAGUUGACUUGUUAGGAGAUCAUGUGUGAAUUGUGUAAAAGAAAGUAAGAACUGGGUUUGAAUAAUACCCAAAGCUACAGUAACACAAAUUAUAACACGCCUCGGCUCUCUCUUAUACACACAUGUAGCCCUAAGCCUGUUUGGCUUUGCCCUCACACCCUUGUUUGCCCACUUUUGUGUCUCUCCUUUAGUUUUUCCCUAAACCACUGCAACACACACAUGCACACAACCCCACCCUACAUGUCCCUCACCACCCAUGCUCCCUUUUAUCAUUAGGGGUUUUUUUUCUCCCCUAUAUAAUUUCAUUUAAUUGUAAUGAGUAAGAAUUAUUGCAAAAGCUGUUGAACUUUCAGUUUACUUUAACUUUAGCUGUAAUAUAUCAGUUGUGCUAAAAUGACAAAACUGAGAUGUACCGAUGUUUAGGAACCACUAAAUGAAACUUAAUUUUUGGAUCUUUGUUUUAAGUGCUUUUGUUACUCUUCGGUUCUGACAUAGUUAAGAUGCCUAACUAUCAACCUUUUUUUUUCCUGUCUUUACAACUGUAUAUCAAUAAUGGCCUAAUAUAGUGCACACUUAAUAUAAUGCUCACCUGUUGAGAAAAUGUUUACAGAAGCAGUUUUGUUAAACUAAUGUGCAUCAUUGUAUUUAUGUUCUCUCUUAAACAAUUCUUUGCUUUUUUUGGCAAUAUUUCUUUACUCUGUUGUUUACAGAUAAUCAUUGGGGCAGUGUUUUCUUAGUGCAGUGCAAAAAUGCUCCUGCCUGAUUGGAUGUCUGUUCCCACCUGGUUGGAUGUCUGUUCCCACCUGGUUGGAUGUCUGUUCCCACCUGGUUGGAUGUCUGUGUUUCAGUGGCACUAUAUUGUUUGUCCUCUCUGUAUGGCAGGAUGUCCUGUAUUUUCCUGAUGGUCCUUUGUUUUUCUUUGAAAAUAAACUCCUAAAGUAAUUUAAGGUA